AUGCAGAGAGAAGAAAACUUGACAAUCAAGGUCCUCGAGGGAUGUGAAGAAAGUAUGAACCUGGAUAAACAAGAGUUCUUGGAAAUUAAAGAUAUAAAAAUAGAUGUAAAAAUAAUAGAUGGGUUGGAAGCUUCCAUUGAGAAAAUCUCCCAGAGAACGGAGCAGAAGCAUCAAGUUGGCAGAUUUAGUGCCUUUGAGCGUGGGCACUGUACUGCCGAAAUCAUCAUGCCCAAAAAUUAUGCAGCAGUGGAGCGAAAAACCAAGGAUCACUGUGGCAGACCAACAACAACGCAGCGCAAGCACAGUCUGGAGGGAGGAGGGACCGCCGAGAAGCCUUGGCACGCUAGUGAGAAGAUUAUAAAUAACGCAGAAGCUAGCAAAUUAGUAGUUCCACAACUAGCUUUUGAAAAUGCAAAUAAAUGGUGCAAAGAGGCUUCAAGAGCCCACACAAGGAGGGCCGCAUUGCUGGAUAUGAUUCGCAUCUGUGCAGAUAUUGCCCCACAUAUGUACAGGGGGCUACUUUGGCCGCAGCUGUUACUCAGGUUAUUCACCCACGGCCUGGAGGAAAAGGUGCGGGACGCCAAGGGCACCCAUGGUUGGCAGCUGUGUGGUGGGGAACACCCUCCUGCCUCGUUCUCCUCUGCCAGGCUCCUGUCGCACACGAGCGCAGGCUUCGGGCCGGGCCCCUGCAGGCCCAGCUGCCGUGAUGUGGGGGUGCAAGUGAACCAGCGAUGCGACCCAUCCGUACAGUGCAUGCUGGGCGGUAGACACCCUGCGCCGGGCCGGGACCAGGAGUCCCAGCUGCCCCCGCGCUCCUUGGCCGCAUGCUCUCCCCUGCAGGCCGGGGCGGCCCCUGCGGCGGGGACGGCUGGAGACCGGAGAGACGCAAUAGUCACGGUGCAGGAAACAUCGCUGCCGCGUGCAGAGCCAAGCAAAAAGCACUUGCGCUUGCAGGAGAGAAAGGGCUGUCAUCACUGCAAGGACAGCAACAUCUGCUGGGAGAGUGCAUUCGUUUGGUGUAUCCAGGGUACAAAUAAGGUUUAUUUCAAACAGCGCUGCAGAAUGUGUCAAAAUUCUUACAACCCUUACCAAGUGAAGGAUAUCACCUGCCAAAGUUGUAAAAGAACUAAAUGUUCAUACCCAGUAAGAUUUUGCCAUGUGGACCCCAAACACUCCCACCGUCAAGACCUGUGUGACAGGUGCGGGAGCAGGCGCCCGUGCUGGGAUGGCAGCAGUGCUCGGAAUCUGGGCAAAAAUAGAGUAUCCGGUGGUCAGAACAAAAGCGAUGGCCCGCACGCACGGAGGCUGGGCACGUCCCCCGUGGCUACAGAGGCAGUGACCACGGAGCCGCUUGUGGGGGGCGCGCAGGCAGUGGAGCCCAGGCCUGAAGAUAAAGCAGGACUGUUGGGGCCCUGCCAGCAACUUGCUGGACCCCAAGGCGAUGAGAUGGAAGCUGCAGCCAGUUACCGCCAGAGCCUGAAGUGUCAGCGCUGCCCUGCCCAGGGCCGUGACUGGGCGCUGCUGCCUCGUGGGAGCCAUGCCCUCCCGCCUCCCUGCUCCCAGCCACUCCCACUCCCUGCCCACAGCGUCCUUCCCCCGGCUCACUGCUGCUCUGGUCCAGGUGCUGGAGGACACUGGGGUGCCGGAUGGAACCGGGAACAAAGAGGCCAAGGCUCAAGGCAGAGAUGGAGGAGGCCGCCCAGGGAGAGGCCGGCAGAAGAUUAAAGCUAGGUGGGCCUGGA